CUCUGAUGUACAGGACAGGAAUCAAUAUGAUGAAGUUUGUGUUAGUUUGUGUCAUUUCAGUGGGAGCAAUUCUUGCUGCUCCUCCUCUGAAGAAUCUGAAUGAUGAUCCCAACGGAAUCGCUUUGGUUCGGUACAAUUCCGACAACAACAACGAGGCGGGUUAUAAGUUUACCUACGAACAGAGUAAUAAGCAGAUAUUCUCCGAGCUGGGAGCUCCAAGGGAUGUAAGCGGCGGGGCGAAGAUUCUGGCGGUUGAAGGAGCUUACACCUUUGUAGCUCCCGAUGGACAAACAUAUUGGGUCAAUUAUCGAGCCGAUGAAAAUGGAUUCCUGCCCAAGAGUGGUACUGGAACCACGGGUGGAAUUCAGGCAGGACAGGAUGCUCCAGUGAAGAACUAAAAUGAAUAGCGGGAACCGUUUAUAUAAAGAUGGAAAUGAAGUGUAACUGCAUUGUUUCAAUUCGCUGUUUUGCGAAAAUCUUGCAAAAUUCUGUUCAAGAAUAAACUCCGAUUCAUGCUACGUCAAUUAGAUAGAAAACCGCCGUUCGUGAGCAUCAGUCUUAAGUUUGGCCACGUAAAUAGCAACGAUGUACAGCGGCGGACAAAACAUUAAGUAACAAAUCCUAUUGCUAGGCUAGAAUGAAUCACAAAUUGUAUGUUUUUCCUCAUGAUAGAUUAAAUUAUUAUCGUACUAAAAAGAAUCUAAAAGUAUUUGAUUGAAAAGCGUCGUUGAGAGCUAAAAAAAUGUAGGACCACUUAUUAUUUGAUUCAGAAUUUUCUCCUUUAAUUUAGUUUCGGAUCACUUUACGCACUCUUUACGGCGUUUACAUCACGAGGUUCCGACAUGUAUUGACAGGAGUGACAUACCAUGCUUCCUGGAGCUUUUGAAGCAAAACUCUUCUUUAUUCUUCG